AUGCUACCUGGUGGACCCAUCGUUGUGCUGAUCCUUGUUGGUUUAGCGGCCUGCAUUAUCGUCGCUACCAUUAUCUAUAGAAAAUGGCAGGAAAGACAGAGAGCUCUAGCCAGAUUCUGA